GUUACACAGCAGUAUCACUUUUCCAAGCGUUUCGCAGAUGGGCACUGUCAACUGGUAACAGCCCAACAAACUGCAAAACAAUGAAGGAACAGAAAUAGUGAACUUCAAAUUUGGGCAAAGUCAGAAAUGAGUGAGAAGGCCAAAGACAGGGAUAUGUGUGGACUACAAAGUUUUUCAACCUGCACAGGAGCAUUCCUGCAUCUCCUUAGUGGUUUUCUUUUGUUGCUGCUCCAGAACGAGGUUCUUGGCUGUCCAGCUGUUUGCCAGCUCUGCACAGGGAGGCAAGUUACCUGUCGUAACUUGGGUCUUUCAAGCAUCCCUCGGAACUUCCCCAAAACUACAAUGCUUGUAUACUUCAGUGGGAAUAAUAUAUCACAUCUCAUUCCAAAUGAAUUAACAGGCCUUCAGAAGCUUGCUGCACUUUACAUGGAUAAUUCCAGUAUUUCGUAUGUACACCCAAAAGCUUUUGUGGAUCUUCCUAAACUUUGCUACUUGCAUCUAAAUAACAAUAAUAUUAAGCGCCUGGAUCCAGGAGUUUUUGAAGGUCUUUCCAAUCUUCAUUAUUUAUACCUUCAGAAUAAUCAAAUAGCUUUUGUUCCCCGAGGAUUAUUUAGUGAUCUCCUUUCUGUUAGAUAUUUAACACUUCAAAGAAAUCGUCUCAGUAUCCUUGGAAGUGGAACUUUCCUGGGGAUGAGAAAUCUUCAAACACUUAACCUAGCAAAUAAUAAGAUUUCACGAAUAUCAGAUGCAGCAUUUUGUCAUCUUGAAAACCUUGUAUACUUGUUCCUUGAAGGUAACAACUUAACACUUGUGCCAUCAAAUGCCAUUGGAAGGCUCGAAAAUCUUGAAAGACUUUCUUUAUCUCACAAUCCUAUUAGAUCAAUACAACGUUUUGCAUUUAAAGGACUUAACAAGCUUAGAUAUCUGUCUUUAAAAAGUGUAAAGCUAAAACAUAUCGCUGUAAAUGGAUUUUUUGGAUUAAGCAACCUUAGCCAGUUAAUCUUAAGUUACAAUGAUUUAGAAAAUAUAAAUUCCAGCUCUUUUACUUCUUUGAACAGUUUAAAGUAUCUGCAGUUAGACCGAAAUAAAAUAACCACUAUCAGUGACGGUGUCUUUGAGAAAAUGGGACAGUCACUUAAAAUUCUCAAUUUAGCAUUUAAUAAUAUUACAGAGUUGCAACUGAAAGUGCUCGAGCCCUUAGUGUCUUUAACUCACCUACAUAUGAAUUAUAAUCCUUGGAACUGUAGCUGCAAAAUGUUUGGGUUACUGAAGUGGCUGUCAUCGUCUCCCAUUUCUGUUAAAAUUCUUUGUUGGAAUCCCCUCAGCAUGCGUGGCAGACCUUUGCAUUACAUUAGGUGGACUCAGUUUGCAAACUGCAGUGGCGUCACCCCCAGCCCAGAAGCAGCCUGGAAUGUAGAAUCUCUGGAUACCCAUCACAGCCCUAGUACUUUGCUGAUGGCAUGGCAUAAGGGAAACAGGCACAGCCCAUUUGAGGAAUUUGUUAAGGCAGAUAAAAAAUUCAUUGCUCUCUGGGAAGGAACUGCAGCUACGUCUACUAGCCCUUUGCCUUACAGAGGAAACACUGCUGCUGGAAUUCAUUCACAGGCACCUACAGUACUGUCGGUUUUACCAGUACAAAUAUCAGCACAGAUUAUACCUGUUACUGGAACCAUAGAAGUAAAAAGUUUGUUUCCAACAGAUGCUGCUCCAGUAUCAUUACAGACAUCCGUACUUUGUACACAACAGGUUGAAAAGCUGAAUCAGGCCUUUGAUGUUUUGCUAGCCUUUUUCGUUCUGGCUUGUGCUGUGAUCUUGUUCCUAACCUACAGAAUCAUUCACUUUAGACAGAAACUAAAGGUGCUGGAAAACUCAGGGGAGAAGAGAAUAGAGUAUUAUGGUUUUUAUCAACCUGGCAGGUACAACAUAAAUGAUGCAGUGCAGUCUCUAACUGAGAAUUCAGUGGGAGAUUCAGAACUGGACCAAAUUAGGCUGCUCAAGCGAACGGCAUCUGAAAGUCAGGCACAGGUCAUAUUGUUUGAACAUUCAUCUUUGUAAUUUACCUCCGUUGAUUUGAUGUUAAUUUUACUGCAGUCUGAAAUGUCAAGAAGUCAAGAAUUCGGUUGUCUAAAAAAAUCACCUGGUUGAUAGAAUUGUGGAAAAUAGUAUAAUUUGGGUUUAUUUGCUUUCUCGGUGUUCUGAAGUUUAUUGAUUUUUAUUAAAUGUCAUUUAAACCUGAUAUGGAUUACCUAUGUUCCUGUUGUAGGAUUCUUUCACCUGUAACGCAAGUAUGUGUUCAGUAGAAAGAAUGUUCGUAUUAUUUUUUUUGCAGUACUUGUGGGUAUUAAGUUUCUGUAGUAAUUACAUAGCUAACUUGAAAUUAAAGGUAACAGUAGCAGGAUCAUGAGGCCAGAAAACCUGGGGGAAUGAAAAGAGCAAUGCUUAAUGUAUUUAUUGUGUACACAGUUUCUUUUCUGCCUCAGUUAAUCUUUACUGUUAAAAAAUGGACAUAUUUACAGCUAGUGUGUUGAAACUCUUGAUGGAAAAAAAAGUAAUACAAAUUUUGUUCAUAUCUCACAUUCUAACAUAAAAAUUUGUGUACUCUGUAUAAUGAAUAUAUUAAAAUGUGAUUUUUUAAUAGCGUGCAUCUGUAUCACGUUAUGGUCAUUUCUUCUUAGGAGUUAAUAUGGAAGUAAGUAUCAGAUUCAAAAAUUGAUAAAGUUUAUAGUAUCUCUGAUAAUGGAAUUUGGUUAAUUAUUGACUGUAAAAAGAUAUUUUCAUUUAUAUGGUUAAGUUUGAGGGAGUCUUUGGCUAGAUAAGCCGUAUAAACUGAAGAAAUCUACUGAGGAUACUUAAGUAUUUGUAUAUUUUGAAGUGUUAAGUCAAAGUAUGUUUUCUGAGAGAAGACUACAUCCUAGGAUUGUGCUUGAAAUGAUGGGUAUUAUGCAGACCAUGUAGAAUUAUUUAGAAUAUUGAUGUUCUGUUUACAUUAUUGUUAGGUUACAUCUAGCGUAUUGUGGGUUUAUUUUCAGCCUCAAUUUCUAUGGAUUUUUUUCUUGUUACUCCAGUAAUUCAAGCUUUAGAGAGGAAAAAGUUACAGAAAUAGGUUCCAAAUGGCCCAAUCCUGUAAAAUUUUCAACUAGCUAGAUGGUGCUUAAUUUUCAUAGAUACUGCUUGUCUUCUACAAGUACGUAUCCUAGAGACUUCAGUCACUUGGUUUAUAUCAGCAGCUCAAUUUACAGGAGCAUCAUUUUGCAUAGGGAAAAAUGCAUAACUGCGUUUCAAUAGCCAUGAUGUUGAUUCAGCUUCAUACUUGCUCAGAAGUAUCUUACACUCCCAAGAUCUAGGCUGAAGGCCUGAGUGUUCUUUAGAUGUGUGGGAUGCUGUAGGAUUUCUGGCUCCAGCCAGCCUACCAGCAUAGCUAAUGUGCAUGGCCACAUUUGUUGCACUCCCUGUUUGUCUGUUUCCAGUACAUUUCCAGGAAUGACAAGAUAUUUUCUGCUGUCAGUACAAAUGUAGACCUUGCCUGUACUAUUAUGGGUGUGAAUGUGAAAGUCUACCUCUGUUGUGUGCCUCUGUUGCUGCUUGCUACGUCUUUCUAUUGGAUGUAACAAAAUCUAAGUUUUGUUGAGAUUUACUUUCAUUGUAUUGUAAUGCUGUAUUUUACUCUUAUUUAAUCUGUAAUAGGUGAAAUAUUUCUGUCUCAUGGAACACUUCAUUCUGCUAGUUGGACAAAAGCUUAAACUGUUGAGUUUUGUGACUAGAAACUAUAUACUUUUAUACUAAUAGAUAUUAAAUGUAGUGUGUUUUGUUUGUUUGUUUGAGGGGAGAAGAUGCUAAUUACUCUCAAAUUCAAGCUUAAUUUUUUUACUCCAAUACAGUGCUUUAUUCUUUUUGUCCCUCCUAUGUAAUGGGUUGUGGCAAGUGUUAAAUUUAUUGGGCUUUUUUGUGUUUUGAGGUUGUUUUUGUUUUCAUUUAAUAACAGCUACACAAUGUGUAAUUCUACAUUGCUAGAUUUGGUAGUCUUAAGUUCUUUAUCUCUAAACUUUCAAUUUUAUAUGGCUAUCAUCAGAAGUAACGGACUUAAUUAGCAUCUGAGUGAUGAUCAUUCUAGUCAAUGCUAGUUAACCAGGUUUUCUUAAGUAGUAAUGCUGAUGUGCCCAUGUGAGAGAGAAUUUCAUGGGGAGUGGGUAAAGACUGAGACAGAACAAACCCAAUUCUCAAACCUGGGAGGCUGUGUGUUCCUUAGCUGUUCUCAGCAGAAGACCAUGGUUCCCUCUGAAGGUGUUUCCUACAGACUUCUGUAGGAAUCAUUUUCCAGUUGUGUGUCCUACUAUUUCCAGUGAUGGAGUCUAAAUGAAGUUGAUACUGCCAGUGUCAUCUCUGUAAGCAUUGCUGGGACAGUCAAAGCCAUCUUACGGAGAGGAAUCAUCCUCCAAUAACCAACUUGUGAAAAAUCUCCAGCUCUGCUGUAUCAAGAAAUUGAGGGGUUGUGGGAAGUUGUGGGAAAGUGCUUUUGUUUGGCAGUUAGUAACUGCCAAGUUAAAUGUUCACACUAGGAAACAGGAAUGUUAUGUCUGUGUGUGGUAUAUAUAUCUGUUUAAAUCAUGCAGACUUUAAAAUGAAAAACAUUCAUGUUCAAGCUGCCAUAAAUAGCUUUGGUGCAUGUUUUUUAUUAGAGACAAGGUGUUUUUUUUGUUUGUUUGUUUGUUUUGUUUGUUAGUUUGUUUGUUUUUAAGUAGGUAACAUGGAAGAUCCCUUUUGUGAUUACAUAAAGAAGGUGUUAACUGCGUCUUUGGAACUGGACCCUGGACUGGUUUAAAUCCCAACUAACAACUUCAUAGAAGCUAUAAAACUCUAAUUCUGGGCCUAUCUCUUGAUAAUUCUUGAUAUGUACCAAACUAGGUUUUGUCCUGCUAACUUAAAGGACCUUAGGGUAGUUAGAAAAUCACUUAUAACUUUAUGCUGUUACUUGUUAUGCUGCUGACCUUGAUUAGAUGCAAUUGAAAGGUGGAACUGCUUAAAUGCUGCCUUCAUCCUGAGCUGAGAUUUUUUGUAUGAACAGUAUUAACUGUUCAGUUUUGCAAUGAAAGUUGAGCAAAAUAUGUUAUCCCUUUCUUUUCUGAAGCCACUCUUAAGAACUUUCCAGCAUGUUUCUUAAAACAACCAGUCUAAUUUUAGACUUCUAAAAAGAGAUUUCCUUGAUUUGCAAGGCUCUUUCCUCUUCUUCCAUGAAAAUGACACCUGAUAUCUCAUUGUGUUGACGCUGAACUUCAGCCCAAGUUUUUUUUUUUUGUUGUGGGUUUGGUUUUUUUUUAAAUCACAGUGAACAUAUGCUGCCUUUAUUUCCCCCCAGCAUAUGUCUUACUCUAAAACUCUUACUCUAAAAAUAGUUCUAUUGUUUAAUGAUUUUGUACUUGAUAAACAUUUCAGGGAGUGUCUGGUAGGAAAAAACUGUGUCUCCUUUCAAGAGAAAAAGGAGAGGAAGGGAAAAAAGAUGGUUUUAUCUUCACUGAAAGCUGCAGGUAGCCGUUAGGUUAUUUUGGAAGGCCUUCUGUGUUCUGUGGCACUGCUUUCCUCUGGAAAAUUACCAUUACAUUUCUACUGUUCACUUCAAGAAGAAGUAAAAUAACAUCUCUAACUUAUGCUAUGAGAUAAAAAUAGCAUUUCCAAGUAAAGAAAACUGAUUUCUCAGCAUACUUUGCAGCUAAUUAUCAGGAACUGUAUUUUGAAUUUUUAGCCACCAUCUUCAGUUUCCUCUGUGUAUGUCACAGAUCACUGGAUACAUGAGUUAACUGAAAAGGGCCUCCCUCCCUGUGUGCUUUUCCUAUUAGUCUGCAAGCCUGGCAGAGAGGAAAAAGAAGAAAAAAGAAAAGAAGUAGUGGUUAAUGCGCACAGUGCUUACUUUUUUAUAUUUCGGUUAAUUAACAUAAUCCUGUUGUAUAGAUUGACCAUAAUUAGUACUUGCAGCAGGUGAAAAGGCUAUGCCUACAUUGGGUUAAUCAUUUUUGUCUCUUCUUUCUCCUCCAAGUAAAAUCAUGCAGUUCCUGUGGCAAUUAGGCGUUCUUCAUGUGGCUUGAAAGGAACAAAUUUAGCUACCAGUGUUAUCCAAGAUAAAUUUUGUGGUAUCAUCCACGUUACAUUGGAAGGUCUGUAUGAUGUUAUGACUGAAGAUCCUGAAACAGGAACUUACAAAGACUGCCUGCUGCUGUCUCAUUUUGAAGAGCCCAAAGUUACAGAAGAUGAGGAGCCUCCCACAGAACAAGACAAAAG